AUGUCUUCUCCGGCCGUGGCGAGGAGCUCCCCGGGCGGCAGCCAGGAGAUGGCCCCCAGGCCGCGGGGCCAGGGCCGGUUCUGGGAAGUGGGCGGCGGCAGCGGCGAGCGGCUGGAGCGCGCGGCCGCGGAGUCGGAGCGCUGGGAGCUGCUGCUCCGCCGCGGCGAGCUGCUGGCGCUGGGCGGCCACCUGAAGGGAGCGCUGGAGGCGUACGCGGCCGCGCUGCGCCGCGGGGCCCCGGUCGGGCCCGAGUGCCUGGGCACCCUGGUGGACUGCCUGGUGCUCAACUACCGGCUCCGCCACGGGCUGGGCUGGAGCGCGACCCCGGGGGCCGAGGCGGACGCCGGCGCGGGCGGGCUGCUCAGCUGCCUGGGCUGCCGCGGCUUCCUGCACGAGCCGGUGACCGUGCCCUGCGGCCACAGCUACUGCCGCCGCUGCCUGCGGAGGGAGCUCCGCGCCCGCUGCCGCCUCUGCCGGGACCGGCUGCCGCCCGCCGCCGCCGCCGCGGAUGCUGAGGGGACCGCCCCGCGGCCGCCGCCUCUGGCCGCCGCCAUCGCCGGGUCGGGCUUCAGAACCAGCGUCGUCCUCAGCCACCUGGCCGAGAAGUGGUUCCCGGGCCAGCGGGCGCGAGCCCGGGCGGCCGGCCGGCUCGGGGAGCUGCUGCACCAGGGGCGCUACCGGGAGGCCCUGGCCGCCGCCUGCGAGGCGCUGCGAGCAGAGCCCAGUGACUUGACUCUGAAAGUUUACAGAGCUGAAUCAUAUGCUGGUCUCCAAGAGUUUAAAGCAGCCAUAGAAGAUUUAAAUGCAGUUCUCUUUCAACUGCCAAAUUGGCCUGAGGUCUACUUCAGGAAAGGAAAAGUACUCCAUGAUGCUGGUUUUUUAGGUGAUGCCUUACAACUGUUUCUUCAGUGCUUAGCCCUUGAUGAAGAUUUUGCACCUGCAAAGCUAGAAGUAGAAAAGAUUUUAUGUGAUUUAUUAUCACCUGAAAACUUAAAAGAAGGCCUGAAGGACUCUUCUUGGAGUUCAUUAUCAUGUAUUAAAAACAAACCUUUUGGUUUUCCUUUAGUAAUGGAAGAGUCUCAUUCUCCCAGUGAGCUUAACUCAGAGCAGAAUGAAGAAAUACCAGAGGUCACUUCAGAGCCUGUCAAAGGAAGCUUAAACCGUGCUCUGUCAGCACAGGCUAUAAACUCAACAGAAAUGCCUGCCAGAGAGGAUUGUUUGAAAAGAGUGUCCUCAGAACCUUUGCUCUCUGUUCAAGAAAAAGGUGCUCUGUUAAAAAGAAAGUUGUCUCUUGUAGAGCAGGAUGUAAUUGUAAGUGAAGAUGGAAGAAAUAAACUUAAAAAACAAGGAGAAACUACCUGUACAUUUUCAUUAACUUAUGGUGACAUCCCAGAAGAAUUAAUAGAUGUCUCAGAUUUUGAGUGUUCUCUCUGCAUGAGGUUGUUUUUUGAGCCAGUAACAACCCCUUGUGGACAUUCAUUCUGUAAGAAUUGUCUCGAGCGUUGUUUAGAUCAUACACCAUAUUGUCCCCUUUGCAAAGAAAGCUUAAAAGAGUAUCUAGCAGAUAGGAGGUACUGUGUCACACAGCUGUUGGAAGAAUUAAUAGUGAAGUAUCUGCCUGAUGAGCUGUCUGAGAGAAAAAAAAUAUAUGAUGAAGAAACUGCUGAACUCUCACACUUGACCAAGAAUGUUCCAAUAUUUGUUUGCACUAUGGCCUACCCCACUGUGCCUUGCCCUCUUCAUGUAUUUGAGCCAAGAUACAGACUGAUGAUUCGAAGAAGUAUACAAACUGGAACUAAACAGUUUGGGAUGUGUGUCAGUGAUGCACAAAAUAGUUUUGCAGAUUAUGGUUGUAUGUUACAAAUUAGAAAUGUACAUUUCUUACCUGAUGGAAGGUCUGUGGUUGAUACAGUUGGAGGAAAGCGGUUUAGGGUUUUAAAAAGAGGAAUGAAAGAUGGAUAUUGCACCGCAGACAUUGAAUAUCUGGAAGAUGUUAAGGUUGAGAUUGAAGAUGAGAUAAAGAAUCUCAGACAGCUUCAUGAUUUGGUAUACUCUCAAGCCUGUAGCUGGUUUCAGAAUUUACGAGUCAGAUUUCGAAGCCAAAUUCUUCAGCACUUUGGAUCAAUGCCUGGGAGGGAAGAAAACCUUCAGGCAACCCCUAAUGGACCCGCAUGGUGUUGGUGGCUUCUGGCAGUUCUUCCUGUAGAUCCCCGGUCCAUGUUAAAAGCAGAUCAAUGAAGCAGUCAUACUGCACAGAGUAAAGAAAAGAUGAACUCUGCUUACUCACUGUUUUGUGACACAAGACAUAAGCUUUAGUUUUUAAAAUACUUUUUUGGGUCAUUUUUGUGCUAAACACUGCAUUUUUAAGGAGGUGCUAGGUCUUCAAACUAUUCUUUAAAGUGUUUUUUUUUUUUCAGCCUUUUAAAAAUCCAUGUCCCUAUAGGAUAAAGAUAAAAUUCUUCACUGCUACCCCCAUUUGAGACUCCUCUUGGUUCAACAGACUUGACCAUUUCAACCCCUUUCCCAGCUAGAAUUUUCAAUAUAAAUGAAUUAAUAUUGAACAUUUUAUAAAAAUGUAUUAAAAAAUAAUUGCCUUGAAGACCACCCUUUGCCCCUACAAAUAAAGCUAAUUGAAAAUCUAUCUGUUAAAUAGUUUUGCAAAAAGCAUCAUUUCAAAAAUGGGCCAUUCUUCAAAAGCCCCUAAUAAAAAGUUUUUAAGUGCUUGUUAAGUAGUAUAUGGGUAGUAUAAAUGAAGACUUUACCUAUGUAGUUCUCAAAAUAGAUAUAUAUAUCUAUAUAUCAGAUGGCAAUUGGCAUUAGCUGGUGCUGAAUCCACAUCUGUAAUGUAUGUGCCUACACACUGAGCAUUACAUGGUCCCUCUGCAUAGACAUGCAUAUAGUAAUGAAAAUUCAUGGGCUCUAUCAUUUGACCCUAAUGUGAUAUGUGGUCUCUGUAAUUAUCGUUUAUUGGUUUUUUAAAAGCUCUGGACACAUUUUUCCUAUUGUACCUUCUUUAUAGUUUAUCAAAAAAAAAAAAAAUGACAGAUUUUUCUUCUUACUACUUUAAGCAACCAGGUACUAUCAUGAGUUCCAACACUUCAGAUCAAAGUAACCAUCAUUCUUCUUUUAUCCUACACCUGUCUCCAUGGGGUCAGUUAUUUUGUUAAGAUCCAAAUCCAAUAUUGUCUCUUAGCUAGAACUCUGAACUCUAUAGCACUUGUACUUUCUUUAUGGCACUUACAGAUGAUAGCUAAAUUAAACACAUAAAACUCCUGAUUUAAAUUCCAAGACACAAGCUGAACACUUAACAGAAUUGAAAUAAAUGAGAGAUUAGCUAAAGCUGGUCAAACUGAGCAAAUUCUUUGCCUUAAUGGCAAUAAAGAAAAUGAAAUCUAAUAGUAUUGAGAAACCAGAAGUGUUGAGUGACCAGUGCUUUUGAGGAUGGAAAUGGGCCCCAAUAUAAAUCAGAAGAAAAUAUGACUUUAUAGAAAUGACCAGAGGAAAGACCCAAACUAGGAAAGGGUCUUGGAAAAAAUCCUGGAGAAUUCCUUGGGGAGGUUACACUCAACAUUCUGGACCAUGCGGCCUCUCCUCAACGUGGGUUGGGUAUCAGGCCACACCAGCAGUUGUUCAACUCAGGCCAAAACAAUGAAUGUGGGCACUGGCCCAGACAAGACCCACAGACCCAUAAAGACAGGUCCCUGUUAGAUGGUGAGCCCACAUGCACAAAGAAUCUCUAGCCCACCCCAUGUGGCAGUGUGUCCUGGCAUUCCCCCAAAAUCAACAAAGGUAGGCAGCCUGUGACUGAACUAGCAACCCCAAAAGAAUGAACAGGGAUCCCAAAUGACAAAGAUGAAUAGGCAAAUCAUAGAAACAGAAGGGAAACACUAAAAUUUAAUCAGAUUUAAGAAUGUGCAAUUCUAAAAGUUGGGAAUACCCCCAAUUUUUUUUUUUUCAUCUAGUCCCUGGUACCAUAGACGCAGUCAAUAAAAGUUUGUUGGCUCAAUGAAUAAAUCAUAAAAGUAAAUAUAUGAGUCAAAGAAAUGAAUGCAAAUGAGUAAGUUGUGGGGUGUGGGGUUGAGUUGGUCUCUCCAGAGCACAAUUCAGACAUCAUUAAAGUAUGAGGAGAAAUCUCUGAGACAUGGAAGAAGUCAAAGUUUUAACAUCUAUGUAAUAGCUAUUUCUUUAGGAGAGGAAUUAAAGAAGAAUUAAAUACAUAUACAAGUAAUUUCCCUGGAGCUCAAGGCUAAUAAAAUAUUCUACUUGCUUUCUUAGGUACUAUAUUCAUCCAUUUAAUGAAGAGAAUAAGUUAAACUUACACAGGUGAACUAAGGACAGACAAAACAGCUAUAACUCAUAUUGCCUGGCAUCGAUGUACAGCAAAUGACUGAGUCAAUGACAUGGACUUGAUAGGAAUUUUCUUCCUAUGACUUGUUUAAUUGCCAAUAUUUUAAAAAUGCUAAACAUUUUUUUGUAGAUAAGACAUGGCCCAGCUUAAAUGAGCUUGCUUACAGAACUUUUGGCUGUCACCAACAUUAAAUGUGUCCUAAGUUUUGUCACAACUUAGGAUAUGGAAAAGAAAAUAAUUUCAAAAUGUGGAAAGUACCACAUUCAAGACUCAGAAAAAUCCUUUGGAAUCCUACUCUCAAGAGUAGUUGCUCACCUUGAUGAGGAAACUGGAACACUUAAGUGGUUAAAUAAUUUGUCAAAGGAUUUACACAGCUAAUACCUGGUGAAGCAGACUUUGAACGUAAGCAAUCUGGCUUUAAUGUGCUGCCACAUCCAGUUAUAAAACAUCUAAGUACAUUGAUGUGUGAAGGGUCUAGAAAUGAUUGACUUGACUCCCUGAUGUAGCAGGCUUUACACAUGGGGGUGCCGCUUACAGCUAUGAUGAAACUUGUUUUUAAGUUCCUCAUUAAGAUGGUGAGACAGUCAAACCAGAAUCAGCCCUAUAUUCUUGGGAGCAGUGUGAACUAGGAACAAACUGUAGAAAAUAAUUUUGCUACACGUGUGUCAAGAAUCUUCAGAAGGUUCAUACCCUUUGACCAAUCUCAUGUUGGAAGAAUUACCUUAAGAGUAUUAUGUUUCUAGAACAGCAAAAACUUGAAAACAACCAGGGUCUGCUAAUGGUAACAAAUGGAAGAAACUUAAAUGUGUAUUGUGCAGUCAUUAAAAAUGAUGAGGGAGACUAAUGUGUGAAAAAGCAUAACUCAAAUUAACCAUUUGUAUAAAAGACUAGAAGAUACCAUAUAAAAGGAAACCAGUAAAAUUAACAGGUCAAGUAAAAGCCCUGCACAGCUUGGGGUUUGGGGAUGUUGACCUCUGCACAAUUUAACUCCCUCCAAAUUAAGCAUGUACUAGCCUACUGUUGACAGGGAAACUUACUGAUAGAAUAACAAUUAACACAGAUUUUGGUUUAAUUAACAUAUAUUUCAUAUAAAUUCAAUAGAAUGCAGAUUAAAUUGAAUCAAUGAAAGUUGAACCUGCAGAGAGGACUGAUUCUAAGGCAUUGCAGCUUCCCAGCAUUUGGAUGUCCUGGAGCAGGGAUGGGGGCGAUGUUAAAGGAUCAGCUGGACUUUGCAAACUCUGAAGCCACUCACACAUGUAAACCCCUGGGGUUCAUCAUGAGGCUCAGCCAGUAUCUAUGAAGAGACUGCAUGGACUGGGCAGCUUUCAACCCUAGCUGCACAUUAGUAUCACCUGAGGAACUUCUUCAAAAAUGACAUGCAUCAGCUCCACAGCCCAGUUUGAUGGUUUAAAUGUGAAUUUGGGGUGAAAACCACUGAAUCACUGGACCUGGGUUUCCCUUUCAGUAAACAUGGACAGUGCACUUGGACCAGAUACAUCAAUUUCCAGUUUAAAUAUCAGUUAUAUGGACAUAAAAUCUACAUCUUGUUCCCUUAUUUCAUUGAUGUUUAAUGAAUACCUACUUGUUCUCAUUUUCUAUGUCCACCAAAACAAAUGACGACAAAAGAACUUGGUGGCUUAAGACCACAGUAAUGUUUUCACUUCUAGUACUGGAGGUUAGAUGAGCAAAAUCCGUCUCCAGGCUAAAAUGAGAUACCAGCUGGGGCCAUUCUUUCCAGAAACUUUAGGGGAAAAUCCAUUCCUUGCUUCAUUCACCUUCUGCUGGUUGCUGACACCCCUUGGUGCGCGGGGACAUCACUCCAGUCUCUACCCGUCUUCACAUCAGCUGCAUCUAUGCACCAGUCAGCUACAGAAAUGCAGGUACUUUGGGCCUGGUAGUUUCAGCACUCAAAAUGAACAGAAGGUGAACUCCUCCUCAAAUUACCUUUAGAUUUAAAUCCAUAAAAAAUCACUACUAACACCCAAUUGUCAGAGUGAAUCCUUAGAGCUAGUAGCUUGGCAACAGAGUAAACAACUAGUUCCCACUAGGUUUGUCUUGGGGAAAACAUCAUAGCAGAGACCCCGGCCUCCUUGCCUGUGCCUUCAUUUAAUCUUUUGUCCAUUUAUUGAAGGAAUUUUUUUAACUAAACCAGCAAGCUCUCCAUUUUUGGCUCUGCAUUCAUGACAUAAAUGUAAAUUUAUACUUAUUUAUGCGUUCAUUUUCUUUAUUCAUUUUUUCCUAGACACCCGAGAAGCAAUAAUGAAAUGAACUUUAUAGAUUUCUAGGAUGGCUAAAUAAAAGAAAAAUGGUAAUAUCAAAUUUUAGUGAAAACGUAGAGGAAUUUAAACAAUCAUAUAUUGAUGGAAAUAUAAAAAAUACAUCCAGUUAGGAAAACUGCUCAUCAAAUUUGGACUUUGAACUACCUUAUUACAAUAAAGACAAAUGCAAAUACAGGAAUGAAAACUCUUUGAAUGUUUAGUGUAACUUUUCUUUCUGUAAUAUGCUACCAUAUUCACCACCUAUUGUGUACAAUUUUUUUUUUAAUCGAUGAUAGCAAAGUGGAAGACAAGAUAGAAAGGCAGGAUGUAUACCCCAUGGUUAUUAUGGGAUAUCUACAACCAGUGUGUUAUGAGAAUUAACUCCAAUGGUGUUUGUGGGGCUCCCAGCACAGGGCGUCCUAACAGACUUGUGAACACAUAGUAGAUGCUCAGGAAACACUGCUGCAAUGAACAUGUAUAUGUGGUUUUACAAAUAGAAAACUUCAGACAUUGCUGUCCUUACUAGUCUUCUGUAAACUUUAAAGAGCCAGAAAAGCAAGUGACUUCAGGACUGUGAUGGUGGCCUUUACUGGGAACCAACAGUAGUUGUACGAAGAUAAGAUGGUGGGUGUGAGGGGCUCAGUGUGCUGUGCCUGCUUCCUCUACUACACUGCUACUAAAAUGGAUUUGGGGUGCAACAUCAGCAUGAACAGGGAACAU